ACCCCGUUCAGCGGAGAGGAUGGGACGCCGCUAAACUCCCCUUCCUCCCUCCUCCCUUCCCCCUCGCCAAGCAAGCCCCCCCCCUCCUCCCCCCUCCACUCCUCGCUCUCUCUCCCCAAGCAGUGAGGCUCGGACAGUGCUCGGCUCCAGCGCUUAUUUUAAGAUGAUCGGCCAAGGUCUUUGCAGACAGAUUUUAUCUGAAGUUAAAUAGUGGGCGCUCGCCGCUCUCUCGCCAAUAAGUCAUUUUUAAUAGAGACAAAUCGCCCUGGACGCCCCGGAGCGCCGGUGCCGCCGCUCCUGCCCUCGCCCCCCGCCGAAGGCGAGCGGGCAGUCCGGGCAGCUCCCUGCUCCCGCUGGUGAGAGCUCUGCUUGUUCUGUAAAGUGGAUGUCAGGUGGAUCUAUGUUCUGGAAGGAACAAAGAGGCAGCGAAGGCAGCGCGGGGGAAGUUUGAGCGGCGAGGAUGCAGGCUGUGUACUGGUACGCGGUCCUUCUGCUGCAGCCCACCCUCUACCUGGUUACCUGCGCAAAUUUAACAAAUGGAGGAAAAACAGAACUACUAAAAUCAGGAAGCUCCAAAUCCACACUGAAGCAUAUAUGGACAGAAAGUAGCAAAGACUUAUCCAUCAGCCGACUGCUGUCACAGACUUUUCGUGGAAAGGAAAAUGAUACAGAUUUGGACCUGCGAUAUGAUGCCCCAGAAACUUAUUCUGAGCAAGAUCUCUGGGACUGGCUGAGGAACUCCACAGAUCUGCAAGAGCCUCGACCCAGAGCAAAGAGACGUCCCAUUGUCAAGACUGGGAAAUUUAAGAAAAUGUUUGGCUGGGGAGAUUUUCAUUCCAACAUCAAGACUGUGAAGUUAAAUCUAUUAAUAACAGGGAAAAUCGUUGACCAUGGCAAUGGGACAUUUAGUGUUUACUUCAGGCAUAACUCCACUGGUCAAGGGAAUGUAUCUGUGAGCCUAGUGCCCCCUACAAAAAUAGUGGAAUUUGACUUGGCACAACAGACAGUGAUUGAUGCCAAAGAUUCCAAGUCCUUUAACUGUCGAAUCGAAUAUGAAAAGGUUGACAAGGCUACCAAGAACACACUCUGCAACUAUGACCCUUCAAAAACGUGUUAUCAGGAGCAGACCCAGAGCCACGUGUCAUGGCUCUGCUCCAAGCCCUUUAAAGUAAUCUGUAUUUACAUUUCCUUUUAUAGUACAGAUUAUAAACUAGUACAGAAGGUGUGUCCUGAUUACAACUACCACAGUGACACACCCUACUUCCCGUCAGGGUGAGGACCAACUUCUGUCUGAGACUGAAGCCUGGGGAAUAAGAGGUUGUAUGACAGGUCUGUAACCUCAAGGAGGAAGGCCACAUCUAUUGCCUGGAAUGUGUCUACCUGCUGCUGCUGCUGUCAAAUGGCUGCAAAUAUGUUAGUGGAAAACAAUCUGAUGUAAUUUUUGCCCAGUCAGCUCCAUGUAUCAAUCUAGGUGUAAAUCACUAUGGAUUUGAAAUAAAACCAUACACAUACACAGAGACACACAUACUUUUCAGUGCACAUUACUGAGAUUCCUAUUAAGAAAGCUUUCAUUGUCUCAUGUCUAAGGUUUAAGGAUAACUUCUCAUCAAGCAAAAUGGAUUAACUAGACAGAACAAGGUUUCUAACGCAGACUGUUAUGGAAAUCUCCUUGAAAGUCCUUCGAGUACAUGCCAAUCAAUAAUCCCCACUCAUGCAUUCUACUGCUUGAAGUAGCUGUACUGGUAAACAAUACUGUAGGAGUAAAUACUUGUUAAAGUGGGAAAAAUGUGUGUCUAGAGCUCAGUAUUUCUUAUUAUAUGAACACAGCAAAGCGUCAUGACUUUUUCCAGCAUACAGUAGGCACAUUCGAGGUGGUAUUAGGUGGCUCUUUUUCCGUGGAGUGAGCCUCUUCCUAGUAAAGAUGGGCAAACAUUUGGAAUUUACAUGUGAGCAGACAUACUGGUUUCAUGUUUCUCUGACUCUUUAAGCUCUGAUUCUUUAAACUUGUUUGAGUUUAGGCCGAGUUACUUAAAAACUGCAAUUGAUCUCUAAGAAGGAAAAUGCCUGGCGGAGAACAUGUAAGUUAUAAGUGGCUGUCUUAUCUUUAUUACAAAAUAUUGUAACAAAUUCAAUAUCCUAGUCUUCAUUUGUAUGAAUGGUUUGUAUUGUACAUAAUUUAACCAGUGUUAUUUGAGCUGCUUAUUAAUAUUAACUUGUAAUUGUCUCUCUGCUUGUUAUUGGUUAAAAACAAUCAAGGAAAUGAGGAAUCCAUUUUAUCAAUGUAGCUGUAAACUCCAUUAAAAGACAGAACUAUGUACAAAGCAUUUAUUCAGCUAAAGUAUUGUUGAAAGCUAUACAUAUACAACAUUACUACAGUCUGUCUGUAUUUAGAUAUUUUAUUUCCAGAGAAAAAUGAACUGUAUAUAAAAAUAAAAAAUCUUAAAGUUGAGUUUCAA